AUGUCUUCCUCUGAACCUGCCCACGCAUCUACAACACCCGAAAAUGCCGCCCCAGAACUGGAUGUCCCCAAGCUCCAUGCACUCCCCUCCGAACAGCAAGACCUCUACUUGCUCACCUUCACCUCCGAUUUGGUACAAUUUAUAUGCGGCUUAGACCAUGCGCAGCUUUCAGCACAGCAAAAAUCCCUAAAAAAGGAAUUGUUCAAGAUCUUGACCCUCCCCUCCCCGACGAUCACGCGAGUACUCCGCAACAACAUAGGACGAUGUUUCAGCACCAUCCUUGGGAAGGGGGAUCGUGGAAUCCUCUUCGAGACCAUUACCGACCUACUGGGGAUAUUGAACGCCAGCAAGAGCGAAGCAGAUAUAAAGACUAAAUUCGCUGCUGCGCAUUGUUUAGGGGAGGUUUUUGCUACAGCUGGCGAGAGCGCAUUCAUGCAAUCGAAUGUCGCGACAACUGGCAUGCUAAAACUCGUCAAGCCCGCUAGUAAUCAUACUGGACUACGGGGUGCUAUUUUCUCAGUGCUUCGUAAAAUCGUAGUGGGCAUUGGUGUUCCGAUCGAUGAAGCGACUGCCCGCGAUAUUUGGAAACAGGCACGAAAUGCGGCAACUGGUGACAAGUCGACGUUGGUACAGGUCCAUGCCUGCCGUUGCCUGGAACAAUUGAUCAAUACAACACCAUUUUUCGAUAAUGCGAAUGAUUUCGAGCUUCUCAAGACAAUAAUGUGGAAGAUAAUCGAUACCCCUACUGCACCGGUCCGACACGCCGCCGCAGCUUGUCUAGGCCGCGCUUUGAUCAAGCUUCAUGUGACGGAUACGCAUGUUUUGGCAGCGCCGAAGCCAAAGCCGAAGAAGUCAAAGAGGAUUUCGAAGAAACCCGGACCAAGACCUGGUGACGAGGAAGAGGCGGAGAUGUCUGAGUCUUCCGUUGCGCCAAAGCAAAAGGGUUCCCGAUUGUUUUUCCUUCUUCCAGAUCUGCUACAACAACUUUCUUCGCAGUGCUUGAAGAACACCACUUCCAACCGUGCGCGGACUGGCAUUUUCGUGUGCUACAAGUAUGUUGUGCGCAACUUGGGCGAUAAGAUUGUUGAAGAGCGCUAUGGUCAAAUUGCUUCGAAUUUGCUCGUUGAACUGCUCACCAGUCCCAUGGUCACAUACAACCGCUUCCGUCUCCUUAUGACCAGAAAGUUUGUGAAGAUAAUCCUUGAAGAGACCAUUGGCCGAGAGAUGCUCCAGGAGAGCAGCCAGCUUAAUGCCGCCAAAUGGAUUAUCAAUGAUAUUCUUAAAGAUUACCCACAGGCUAUCCAGGAACGCCGUGAACCCAGCAAAUAUACGUUGACAAGUGCCGUUAGUGCUUUGUCAUCCUUGAUUUCAUCACUUGGAUCCGCCUUUAGCAUUCAUGCUGACAGUUGCCGCGAUGCCUUGCUUCAAGUAUUGCCGCAUCCCAGUUAUACGGUCCAAAUCCAUACGGCCCAUUGCCUGCGAAGCUUUGUUCUCGCUUGCCCCCCUCAACUUCUUUCAUGCGUGACAAUUUGCAUGAAUAGCUUGAACAGAGAAAUUGGGCAGCUUGCUACACCCCGCCAGUCACCCCGCCGAUGCGUAGGAUACGCAAAUGGCCUCUCAGCAAUGCUGAGUACGUCUCGUCUACAGCCGCUUUAUGGUGCAGUAGAUGUCUUUGCGUGCAUUUUUACCCAAGCGACAGACCUCCUCAAAACCAGCAGCACAUCUGAACUUCGAGUUGCAAGCACCCAGAUUCAGGUAGCAUGGAUUUUGAUAGGUGGUCUCAUGCCUUUAGGUCCCAGCUUUGUGAAGAUUCAUCUCUCACAACUGAUGCUGCUAUGGAAAAAUGCACUGCCAAAGCAUUUGAGCAAGGAAAACUCUGCCCAACCAAGCACCCUCGAGACUAGCUUCCUCGCGCAUGUUCGUGAGUGUGCCCUGAGUGCCCUUUUGGUUUUCAUGGAGUUCAACAGCAAACUUAUAACUGCGGAUGGCGCAAAGAGAAUUGCUGCCAUGCUGCAGAACACGGUAGAAUUUUUGGAUGAUCUCCCUCGUCCGAAGUCCAUGGAAGAAAUCUCGCAACGUUUGCACCCUUCCCUGCAGCUGAACGACUAUAAAACCAUGGUCCGCCGUCGAGUAUUGCAAUCUUUCACCAAACUGGUUCACGUUCACCAUUCCAGUCACGGAGACAUCAUUUCCCAGUCUAGCUUACUCAGUCUGGCUAUAUCUUCAUUUGCGGACCCAGACGCACAAUACAAGCCCCUGGAAAGCUCUAUUGCAGGCUCCACAGGACAAUUCGAUGGACUGUGGGAACUCUCCGACAACUACGGAUUUGGCGUCACUGGACUUGCGCGCGAGUAUAUUAGCGCCGCGUUGUCUGGUACUCAUGGCAGUGACCAUAGCACCUCAUGCUCUGCCAUUGACCCCUCGGACGAGGCCUUUGAUGAACCCUUGACAUUCCCUAUCUGCCAAGCCAGUGAACAUGACUCUGUACUUCUAUACAGUCUACGAGAUGGUGACUCUCUUGCUGUCGAUCCCCCAACUACAGGUGUGAUAAAUUCUGCAAUUGAGCUGUUCGCCAUUGCAAUUGCCCUCCACUCUCCAAAGAUUCAAGAGAGCAGCGUAGAGCAAAUUGCUACAUUUUUGACAUCACCCGGCCUUCAGAGAAAUCCGGGACGGAAAGCAGCUUUGGGUAUCAAUAUCUCUGUUGCUAUUUUGCAUGCCCUGAAAGUUGCUGUUAAAGAGACCGAUUUCGUGGCAGGGAAGUUGAGUACCUCAACGGAUAAAAUCUUGCAGGAACUCGUUCAGAAGUUCACAAUUGACUCUGACCCUAUUGUUCGUACGAUUGGCGUGGAGGCGUUGGGACGAUUGUGUGAUAGUGCAGGAAACGCUUGCACCAAUGCGCAAGUUAACUGGCUUGUAGACACCAUUGUCGCAAAUCGAGAACCCAAUGCGAGGGCCGGAUGUGCUGCCGCUCUUGGUUGUAUUCAUUCUCAAGUUGGCGGCAUGGCGGCUGGGCUGCAUCUCAAGACCAUUGUCGGGGUCCUCAUGUCUCUGUGCAAUGACCCUCAUCCAGUUGUCCAUUUUUGGGCCCUUGGCGGGCUGGAGCGAGUAGCAAAUUCAGCCGGUCUCACAUUCUCGCCUUUCGCUUCCAGUUCAUUGGGCAUGCUCGCUCAACUCUAUAACGCUGACACCCACAACGAAGAAUGUGCAUCUUUGGCUACAUCCAACAUUGAGAUGCUAUUUUUGACGCCUGUGGUUAUCAGUCGAUGUGUUGAUUCGCUGAUUAACGUCCUUGGCCCAGACUUGCAAGACGUUGCCAAGACUCGCAACCUCAUUUUGACUCUUCUGCGCCAAUUCCAGCUUGAGGAAAAUCCUGCUCUGGUAACCGAGAGCUCAAAAUGCUUAGACCACUUCUCUUUAUACGCUUCCAGUUAUGUAGACUUUCCGGGCUACGUGAAACGUUUGCAAAAGGAGCUUCGGGCCAAUCAUCCGUUUAUGCGAGAUGUGGCCGUGCGUGGCCUGAGCAAUCUUAUGAAGCACGAUGCCACUUCUGUUUUGCAAACUGCAAGUGAAACCCUCGAAGAUGAUAUCUGGCUUGCAUUCGAUGAUGCGCCAGACUAUGCGCCCUUGAAAACAAUGAUUCAAGAAUGGCUUCAACAGACUGCGCUUACUGAGACUGAGAUGUGGAUUCAGCGUUGUCAAAAUACAAUGACCAAGACGCGCAAUAAAGUGGAAGUCCCACCUACUACCACAAUUCAGACAGCCGCGGGAGAUAUUCCUGACGACGAAGUAGCUGGGUUUGCCAACGCAGCAGCUGGGGACGGCCAGGGCGACCCUGCCAAUGAAGCCAUCGCUGGCCAAGAAUUGCUGAAAUGGCAAAGUCGCAACUUUGCCAUGUCAUGCCUCUCUGAGCUUUUGGCGACAGUGCAAGAAGCCAUUCUACCGGACCAAACCAUUCCGGCAGAACUAGCGCUCCAAUCGAAGGUUGGCGAUAUUGUGCGGAUGGCAUUCUCGGCAUCAACUUCCAACGUGAUUGAGCUACGUGUGUGGGGCCUGAAGAUCAUUGAUCAAGUCCUGACUAUGUUUGGGAAAACACCGGACCCUGAUUUUGCCGAGGCAUCACUGCUCGAGCAGUAUCAAGCUCAAAUUGGAUCUGCGCUCACCCCCGCCUUUGCUGCUGAUUCUUCUCCUGAGCUGGCAUCAGAAGCAAUCAACGUCUCGGCUACCUUUAUUGCAACAGGAAUCGUGACAAAUGUCGACCGCAUGGGGCGAAUUCUUAAGCUCUUAGUCCUUGGUCUUGAAAACUUCGCUAAAAACCCCGAAACCACGGAAAUUGGCGAUCUUAAGGGGUUGAAUUCUAACGCCAGAGUGAUGGUCAAGCUAGCCUUAUUCUCUGCCUGGGCUCAGCUUCAAAUCGCCAGUAUUGAGCAGGAAUACCUGAACAAAGUUGUUCAGCCUUACUUGGCCAAGCUCACCCCAUUGUGGCUCUCUUCUCUCCAAGAAUAUGCGCGGUUGCGCUUCGAGCCGGAUAUAUCAGGUGCUUUGGGUACUAGUACUCAGAGUAACGACCUAGAUGAAGUCUACGCUGCAUUGAACCGGGAAACCUUACUCGAGUUUUACCAAGACACCUGGCUCAGCCUUGUUGAUGCCAUUGCCGGCUUGGUCGAAAAAGAUAUUGGCUUUGUUUUUGAUGCCUUGGACGGCAAGCUGCUCCAGCCUGAAGAACCCAGCACCUCAAGAGAAAGCGAAGAGAAGGAAACAGAUGAUCCUGCCAAUGGCGAGGUUAAAGGAAAGGGCCAUGACAUAAAUUAUCGCGACGAGCCUCUUGCUUUCUUCUUCGUGUUAUUUGGUCUUGCUUUUGAGUCACUGGUUGACCAAGCAACUUCCACCUCCCAGAGGUUGGACAUUUUACGCGCCCUCAAGAGAAUCUUAAGACCUGUUAUCUCCGGCAAUGCUAUAUACCAAGAUGCUAUCUUUUCGGAGACUAUGGACACCUUCGACCGACUCGUCUUGACCGAGACCACACCAAUUCAAACCGUGAUUGUUGGAAUCGCACAAAAUCUCUCUCUAGAUCACCCGGCUGCCCAGAGCGAUCAAGAACGAAGUGAUCAUCUGUCAGACGACAUCGAACAGCUUUUCGAAUUGACCAGGAGCAUAAUUUUGGUUCUUGCAGGCAUGCUCCCUAACCUUCGCGAAUCAACCCCGCUUGCGCGUUUCAAUGUUUCCUCGGACGAUUCUCUCGCACUUAUUCGCUUGGCGCUUCGCUCCCUUGUCGAUGUUGCUUCGGUAUUUCCUUCCAUCAUUCGCAACGACCUCCAUGCUUGUAUCUUGCAUAUAUUCACGACGAUCCUCGCUACUGGAAUUUGCCAGACAGAAGUUGUCCCCCAGGCGUUGCCGAUUUUCCGCCAGUUCAUCCACGGGAUCACACAUUCAGACGAAGUCCCAGAGGACAUGGACGUGAUUGCCUUCCAGAUGCGGGGCUGCCUCACUCGUUUCUUGACCAUCUUGACCAUUGCCCAGCGUCGAGAGUCCGAGACAUCCAUCCCAUGUGCCAAGAAUACAAUGUUGGCAAUUACUUUCCUGUUGACAGCCGGUGGACACGUCCUCCCUCCGCAGGAUCCACUAAUCAAUCGUGUUCUAGAUGAGCUACUCGAUUGUCUCCAGGAUGUUGGGCUCGCUACCGUGGCGGCAAGCUGCCUUCGUUCAAUCGUUCUCAAACCCAGCCCUCGCUAUAUGACCGACGAUGUUAUCUCUCGGUAUCUCAUUCCUCGCUUGGUCGCUUUUCUUGUCGGUUGCCCUACUGAUAGUGGCGAGGUUCCCAACGACCCGGAAAGUUCGAGAACGGUCGUUGCUCGUACACUCGUGUCUUGUGUCACCAGCUCGACUUUUACGUCAAGUGAAAUCCCGGCUGCCGUUUCUCUUGUGAUGUCAGUUUUGUUAGCUCGUGCGAAGCGCGAGGGGCCGACGGUUUACCAGGAGUCUGCUGGUAAUCUACUCGAAUUGGCCAAAGCCGACCAAAUUAGUUUCCGAACUUUGGUUGCAAACAUGAACCCCGACCAGAAAUCACUUUUGGAGGAAGUCCUUCGCAGUAUAGGUGUUGGGAACGGCGCCUCAAAAGUGGGCGAAUCAAAUGACAACGCGCAACAAGCUGCGCCGAGUAUUGCUUUGCGCAUGGACUUCUAG